GUCGCGACGCCGACGUCGAUGACUCUCAGUCCUUGUUCCGCGCCCCGGUCGCCCCGGUGACAUCACCAUGCCUCCUUCAGGAAUCCUUUUAGCAGCGUUAGUGUUAUUCAUCUCUAGAAUUCAGUUUUCUAGUGAAGACAAUUCGCAACAAUCGAAUAUUAGACUGGUCUCCAAAUUUAGCAAUAACUUGGUUCCUCAUCUAUUUAAGGCUCUGUCAGAGGAAAAUGAAAAUUUGGUCUUCUCUCCAUUUGGCCUGGCUUCCAACCUUAUGAUGGUAAUUGAAAAUGCUGAUAAAGCAGCUGUUGGUGAGAUUGUUGAUGUAUUUAAAUUGGGGAAGAAUCGUAUGCAACUGAAACGGGGCUUUAAAACUCUCAACGAAGAAUUUAUGCUAAACUCACUGAAAGAUGAUUUGGCUGGAGUCUUCAGUCGGAUUUCUGUGGUAACUUCUCAACCCUUGGCGCCAUCUUUUGAGGAAAUAUUACGAAACUACUUCCAGGCCAAUGUUACCACGGUGCACAACGAGACAGUGCUAGAUGAAGAUUCAGUAGCUCAUGGUACCGCUGUGCGACUUGAGAGUGAAAUAGGGGUGGUAAGUCACUGGCUGGAUUACCAAAAACUAGCCGUGUACACGUACCUGUCACACAACCCCGCCUCGCUAUUUUACUUGUCCCCGAAUGUCACCGUCCGAGUCCCCAUGAUACCGCAAAUCGGCGCAUUCCGUGGUGGUUACGUUCCUCAGAUCAGAAGUUACGUCGCCGAGUUGAAACUGCAGACCAGUUGCAUGAGGCUAGUUCUGCUGAUGCCAAACGUGACGAGCUCCGGGAGCUCGGAAGAGGAGUUGGCCAAACUGUCGUUCAGAUCCGGGCUCGACGAACUGCUCAACGUGAUCCCGGCGAAGGAGAUGGAGGUGCUGCUCCCGCAACUGGCCAUCAUCAAGAAAGACAUAGACCUCGAGCAGGUCCUCCGCGAUUUCGGAGUCGAUCUCGUCUUCAACGACACGCUCGUCGAAAGGAGCAAAGACAGCGUUUACAUCGAGUCGAUCAAACAAAACGCUUAUUUCUCCACCUCUUUCACCACCGUCAACUCGGCCAGCGCCAUAGAGGCCGACCUAGGUAUAAGACCCUCAGCCAGAAAGAAAAGACAAGUGAAAACGAGGCUGAUGUUCAACAAACCCUUCCUCUUCUACUUAAUGCACUGUAGAAAUGGGCUGAUCCUUUUGACUGGAAAAGUGGUGAAUCCUACGCAAGUGCCCUCUUGAUGAUUCUAUAUGUUUGCCGAAAAUUCACUCUUUAUUCUGGAAGUGUUUUAAACAUAAAGAAAAAUGUUAGGGGUUAUCCCCUAAAAUUGUGACGAUAACAACAUUUGUUGAAUGAUAUGGAAAUUUCCAAUUAAUUUUGGUAGUGCCGGAACUAAAGUUGGGGUAUAGUUCCGUAACAUUUGGGUUAUUAACCUAAUUUGUUGGAUUACUAGCAAAAUUAAUUGGAAAUGUCCAAGUCGGGACUCAACCCCUAACUCUCUUUUUUUCUUGAAUAGAGGAUAGAGAAAACCCAGGAUAUAAUUCCCAGGUCAAGUGCGAUUAACUAUUGCGCUUACUUCCUCAGUGAAAGAGAUCUCUACUCUAAUGAUCGAAAUACCUAUUCGUUCUUCUUAUAAUUGGGGAUACCUAAUGUCACACACUUUGAAGGCUUAAUAAUAUAAAUUAACGGAAUUUUUGUCGAUUUUUGUAAGGCGGUUCAUUCUUAUGUAUCUAAAAAAUGUAGCAUCGCAUGUUAGAGUUUAUGUUAAUUUUUUUAAAAGUUGAAUUCCAUAAUUUCAUGAGUGGCAAUGACUGUGAAAUUAAUUUCUUUCAUCGUCAUUAGAGAAUAGGUCCAUGAUAAAAAUUACUUUUUGAGACUUUUUACAAUCACAAUUUUACAGGGGUGAUUAAUAAGUCAUUGCUUCAAGAUCGAAAUAAAAAAAAAUGUAUGUGUCAGUCUCGUGCGAUGUCAAACGUGAAAGGAAGUCGGAAAGUUCAUCUAUAUCAAACGCUCAUUUGCUGAAAAUAUAAUUCUAAAACUUUGAUAUUUAACAUUAUUUCCCAGUGGAGGGUUUUUUUCGUUCAAUAUUUGUUCAUGAAUCUGCGCGGCGGACUUUUUAAAAGCAAACCUCUGUUUCGCAGGACGAGACUUAUUUUUUAUUGUCUUUCAACUAUUCGUCCCAAA